ACUGUGUUGGAAACCAGGUCUAACUCUGACUUGUACCAGACAACUUACGAGUUCGAUUCCCGAGAGAAAUGGAGGAUAUUAAGAAAUGUUGUGGUCGUCAGUGUGGCUUUUAUGAUCAAUUUUACGGCAUUUCAGGGUGCUGCCAAUCUGCAGAGUUCCAUAAACGCUGACGCAGGGCUGGGUACCGCCUCAUUAGCGACAAUAUACGGAUCACUUAUCUUAUCAAAUGUCUUCCUUCCCGUUCUCGUCAUCGGAUGGUUGGGCUGCAAGUGGGCCAUGGCCCUUUCCUUCAUCGCCUACAUGCCCUACAUAGCCGCCCAAUUCGGGCCCAGUUUUGGAAGCAUGAUACCAGCCGCCCUCUGCGUGGGUUUCGGAGGUGGCCCAUUAUGGUGUGCAAAAUGCACUUACCUAACAGUUUUGGCAGCAGCCUAUGCCAAAAUAACAGACGGUAAAAGUCCUGAUGCUCUAGUCGUUAGAUUUUUUGGACUGUUCUUUAUGAUCUUCCAAUUUUCACAGAUUUGGGGAAAUCUGAUCUCAUCCUUAGUAUUAUCAAGUGAUGAUGGUUCAGCACCACCUCCGAUAAAUACGUCCUUAUUGGAAUAUUGUGGAGCAAAUUUUAUUUCUGGCAACGAAGCAGCUGCUGGAAAUUCAAAUUUAGAACCACCAUCUGAAGAAAAAAUUUACACAAUUGCCGGAAUUUAUUUGGCUUGCAUGGUUACAGCUGUUAUUGUAAUUGCAGUUGGAGUCGAUUCAUUAGAAAGGUAUGAGUCAAACAGACAAGGUAGUGGCUCUGGUUUAUCUGGAUUUCAAUUGCUAGCUAUAACUAUGAAGCUUUUGAAGGAACCUUGGCAAUUACUCAUUUUACCAAUGACAAUAUAUCUAGGAAUCUCUCAAGCAUUUAUUGGUGCUGAUUUUACAGCAGCCUAUGUAUCCUGUGCAUGGGGUAUCAGUAAUAUUGGAUUUGUGAUGAUAUGUUAUGGAGUAUGCAAUGCAAUAUCAGCAAUUUUUCUGGGAUGGUUAGUCAAGAUAACAGGAAGACUGCCAAUAGUUUGUGCAGCUGCUAUAGCUCAUACAGGAAUUGCAAUUGGGCUAUUAUUAUGGAAACCGAAUCCAGUUGACCAAUAUGUCUACUUUUUAUUUUCUGGAGCUUGGGGAAUUGUUGACGGAGUUUGGCUUGUACAAAUUAAUGCAUAUUGUGGAAUUCUUUUCCCUGGCCGAGAAGAAGCAGCCUAUAGCAAUUUCCGUCUAUGGGAAUCUCUAGGAUUUAUUGUUGCCUACGCUUAUAGUACCUUCAUCAGGACAGAUGUAAAAAUUUAUAUAAUUUUAGCAGUCCUUUGGAUAGGUAUGACAGGGUAUAUAACGACAGAAAUAUCUUUUAAGAGAGCAAAAAAUCGAGGAGUAGAUUUACAUAAAAGACAUUAA